CAUCGCCCUUUAGUCAAUAAGAUCGUUGCCAUCGCAAGUUCAGAAUCGAAUAAGCUUAUCACAUAUUUUCCUGAUAAGAUUUUAAUUCAUUUCAACUCUUGUGCUAUUAUUACGUGCAUUUAAGUGUAUUCCGACGUCUCGAUCAUAAUCUAACCUACAAAACGAAUAAACAAAAUAUGAAACUCGUUUGAUAUUUGUUAUUCGACUUUUAGAAUAUCGAUCAUAUUUGUGAAGACAAUAUUGAAUGGAAUUAAAUUGAAAUCGACAGUUGUGAGAGACUUAUUACUUAUCACCAAUCAGAUUGAUAUCUUGGAAUAAUAUUAUGGAUUCUUUGGACUUUAUGAAUAUUAGGCGGUUCAUUUCAUCAUUAAUUCGAAACAGAAAUUAUUUUUUUAAAGUGGCAAUAACUGUUGGUGUGACAUCAUCCAUUAUUACUCUUCUACGUUCUAGGCUCUUCCGGAUUAUUAUCAGAACAUUACCCAGAGAUUUGAAAUUAGCAUGGAUAUUUGCAAAGCUCAAUUGUAUAAUAUUAUAUCGAGCUUCAUUGAAACGUACUAUACCUAAAUUAUUUAGGAAUACCCUGCGUAAAUAUCCCAAAAAAGUUGCUUUUCAUUUUGAAGACGAAACAUGGACUUUCGAGAAGGUGGAUGAAUUUUCAAAUUUGAUUGGAAAUUACUUCAAGGGCUUAGGUUAUAAAAGAGGAGACAGUGUGGCUCUUUUGAUGGACAAUAGACCUGAAUACGUUUGUAUUUGGUUGGGUCUGGCUAAAGUUGGAAUAAUCACAGCUUUAAUAAAUACUAAUCUUAUUUCUCGAGAUGCUUUGUCCCAUGCUAUCAAAUCCGGAAAUUGCAAUUCUAUAAUUUUUGGAUCGAAAUUCAAACAAAUGAUAGAAAAAGUCGAAAAAAUUAUGCCUGAGUUAAAAAUAUUCCAAUUCAAUGACCACGAAGGAGAAAUUCUUCCUGAUGCAGUUAAUCUGAAACAAGAAAUACAAAAUCUAUCUAACGGACGAAACUCCCUGGAUUCGGAUAUCGAUGAGGGAAAACCAGAAGAUAAAUUGAUAUACAUAUACACUUCAGGAACUACUGGUUUACCUAAGGCUUCCAUCAUAAAAAAUUCAAGAUAUUAUUUAGGAUACAUUGUUUUUAAUCUAGGUGUCGAUAUAAAAACUGAGGAUGUUAUCUACACUCCAGUUCCUCUGUACCAUACACUUGGAGGCAUGUGUGGAGUAUCACAAGCAUUGAUUAAGGGAGCCACGGUCGUCAUCAGAAAUAAAUUUUCAGCCAGCAAUUUUUGGAAAGACUGUGAAAAGUACCAAUGUACUAUGUCCCAAUACAUAGGUGAAAUGGCGCGAUAUGUUAUACUAGCCCACCAGAGGUCCGAAAAUAAACCGAGCUACAAAUUAAAAAAGAUGUAUGGAAACGGUAUGAAACCCACAACGUGGAAACAAUUUGUUGAAGCUUUCAAUGUCGGACAAAUUUACGAGUUCUAUGGAAGUACUGAAGGAAACUUCGCAUUGUUCAAUUUGGACAAUAAAAUUGGUGCUGUAGGGUAUCUUCCCGUAUAUGGAGACUUUGCUGUUCCCAUGACUCUAAUAAAAUGCGAUUCCAAAGGUAAUCCAAUAAGGAAUGCAAAAGGAUUUUGUGAAAUUUGUGACUAUAAUGAGACUGGACUUCUUAUCUGUAAGAUAUCCAAAUUAUUGCCUGUCACGAGAUUCGAUGGUUAUACUAAUGAAGAAUCCACAAAGAAAAAAAUACUUCGAGAUGUUUUGAAGAAAGGAGACACAUAUUUUAACACAGGAGAUGUACUCGUCAGAGAUGAUCAUGGCUACUUUUACUUCAAAGAUAGGACUGGUGAUACCUUCAGAUGGAAAGGUGAAAAUGUAUCUACGACAGAAGUAGAGGAUAUACUAAGUAGUAUAUUGAAUAAAGAUGUUGCUGUAUAUGGUGUAGAGAUUCCUGGAAGUGAAGGCAGAGCAGGAAUGGCGGCUAUCGUGGACCAAUCGAAAUCCCUAGAUCUUGAGCAGUUGAAACAAAUAUGCAAAGAAAACCUUCCAUCCUAUUCUAUACCAGUUUUUUUGAGAAUUGUACAACGUAUUCCGCAGACUGGAACUUUCAAGAUUCAAAAGAUGGAUUUACAACAAGAAGGUUAUGAUAUUAAUAUUGUGCAAGAUGAUUUAUUUUUUCUUGAUCCUUGCAAAAAAGAAUACGUUAAGCUUGAGAUUGAUAUUUAUAAUGACAUUAUCAAUUCAAAGUUGAGACUUUGAUUUCAGUUCAGUUUGAAUAAAUUUAUAUUUCUGUU